UUCAGAUUCUGUCCGUUUCUUUUCCUUAUUAUGAAUCUCCUCAAACGUUGUCGCUGCUUCUUUCAAUCACGUCUCAGUCGCAUCGUCCGAUAUGGAUGUCGGAUGCUCGAGCAACGUGAACCCUAUUCUUCCUGUACUAUACUUACCUCGGUGCGCCACCAAAGUGCCCCUCAGAGUGGUGGCACUUGGUAUUUGUUCUUCUAGUAUCUUACUCGUACGGCGUUCUCGGUUCUCAAGAUACCAUAACCUUCUGGCACUCAUUUCUUGCCAUCAAUUUGUACUCUAUAUCUCUUAUCCUUUUUCCAUCCAUGGUGUGUUUUAUCAUCCAGACCACAGCAGACUUCACGAACACUUAAUUUUGAAGUUGCUGUCAUCUGUUUCGUUUCUACUUUAUUCAAAGAACGAUCCAAAAAAAUCUCUUUCUUAUUACCACACGUGGCUAUGCUACGGCAGCGAUCAAGGGCAAGACGCUGUUCUCAAAGUUUUCGAACUCAAGAAAUGAUAAUGAUUCUUUUCCUUCAUCUUCUCUCUUUGAAUUUGUUUCUGCUGGACAGGUUAU